AUGGCGCAGGUGUUCAAUAUAUUUGGAACGGCUCAUGCUUCGUUGCUAGGAUGUGACGGAUCUCAUUUCAAUGGUACCCAGCAAGAAUUCUGUGACAUGCUCAGAGUGGCAGACUGCGACAAGCCGAUGUUUGAGUACGAAUUUUACAGCACAAACGUAGAGUUUCAAGAUAUCUGUUCUCCAACUACACUACUGGAUGACUUGCUGUCAAAAUUUGGUGUCAAGUCAAAAGCCAGAUUUUCGACAACCCUUCAGAUGAUCGGUGUAAUUGUCGGAUCCGCUAUAGCUGGUCAACUAUCCGAUUUGUACGGCAGAAAAAAGAUCACUCUACUUCUCUUGGUCUGCAUGGUAGCCUUUUCAACUUUAUCGUCUUUCGCUCCAUCGAUGGACUUUUAUGUGUGCAUGCGAUUCUUCAUCGGAGUGUUUUGUGGCGGUUUGACUACAGUUGGAACAAUUCUGGUAGUGGAGAGUUUGCCAGCAAAACAUCGUCUAUGGAUGUGUACGGUAGUUACAUGGGCUCCUAAUUAUAUCCUAUUCGCAAUCUUCGCAUAUUUCACUGGUCACUGGAGAAUACUGGCUCGAGCUUGUAACGUGGUGACAACGCUUGCUGCCCUCCUGUUAGCAUUCGGGAUUCCAGAAAGCCCAAAAUUCCUCAUUCAAAAGCAUCGAAAAUCAGAAGCGGUUAGGGCGCUCGUCUAUGUGAAUAGUUUCAGGCGAGAUAGCGGAAAGUUUUCUGAAGAUGAGAUCGACGACGUGGUGGACAAAGCGCUCGCAAUGACGGGUGAAGCAGAACGGCAAGGGAAAAAGAAGUACACCUUUGUCCAUUUGUAUGCAACGAAAUCGUUGGCAAUACGAACAAUUGUGCUAUCGUUUGGAAUGUUUUCUGUGAGUUACAUCACUUAUGGCCUCAUAUUUAAUCUACACGUUAUCGCUGGAUCAUUGUACUGGAACACGGCAUUCUCUGGAGUUCUACGAUGGGUUGUUGGAUCUUUGGUUAGUUCCACUUAUCGUUCGUUAUCUUUCACUUUUACUGCCUUACUUAACUUCGAAAAAGGCAAAUUCGUGGAAUGUCGAAAGCCAAUAAAGUCGCUGGUGACUUAG